GGCGCUCGCGUGUAUCUGCCGCUGCCGCUGCCGGCCGCUCGAUCCAACGCAUCCAUGGAGUUCGCUCGUCUGUGUGCUUGGAGAACCAACUCCGAUGUAUGAGUGACGACGCGCACAAGCGUCGCGUUGCGAAGCCUCUUCCGGAAGCUUGGGCGAAGCUCGCGACCAAGGAACUGAAAGGCAAAGACCCUGAACAGGCGCUGCUGUGGAAGACGCCUGAAGGCAUCAACAUCAAACCUCUCUACACGAAAGAUGAUGUGGAGGACUUGACCCCGGCCCAACUUCCCGGUGUGUUUCCCUUUACCCGUGGGCCGUAUGCAACGAUGUACACCGCCAAGCCGUGGACUGUUCGUCAGUACGCCGGUUUCAGUACCGCCGAAGAAUCCAACGCGUUCUACCGCAAGAACUUGGCCGCUGGGCAACAAGGUUUGAGUGUUGCUUUCGACUUGGCGACCCAUCGUGGGUACGACUCGGACCACCCUCGCGUUCAAGGUGAUGUCGGUAUGGCUGGUGUGCCCAUUGACUCUGUUGAGGACAUGAAGAUCUUGUUUGACGGCAUCCCUCUCGACAAAAUGUCCGUGUCCAUGACCAUGAACGGCGCCGUGCUUCCCAUCUUGGCUAUGUACAUCGUGGCCGCCGAGGAGCAAGGCGUCGACCAGAAGCUUCUCGCAGGGACGAUCCAGAACGAUAUCCUCAAGGAAUUCAUGGUCCGCAACACGUUCAUUUUCCCGCCGCAACCGUCCAUGCGCAUUAUUCAGGAUAUCUUUGGCUACACGUCCGAGUACAUGCCCAAGUACAACUCGAUCUCGAUUUCAGGGUAUCACAUGCAAGAAGCUGGUGCCGAUGCACGGUUGGAACUGGCGUUCACGAUUGCCGAUGGGAUCGAGUACGUGAAUGCCGCCGUCGCCGCCGGCCUUGAUGUCGAUUUGGUCGCGCCGCGUCUGUCGUUCUUUUUCGCCAUCGGGAUGAACUUUUACAUGGAGGUCGCCAAGCUCCGUGCGGCGCGUAAGCUGUGGGCUCUAUUGAUCAAGGAAAAAUUUGAGCCGAAGAACGCCAAGAGUUUGCUUCUGCGUACGCAUUGUCAGACGUCUGGGUACUCGUUGACGGAGCAAGACCCGUACAACAAUAUCAUCCGCACGACCGUGGAAGCGAUGGCGAGUGUGAUGGGGGGCACGCAGAGUCUUCACACGAAUGCGUUGGACGAAGCGCUUGGACUCCCGACAGAGUUUUCCGCACGCAUGGCGCGUAAUACCCAGUUGAUUCUCCAAGAAGAAACGGGCAUUCCCAGGGUGGCCGAUCCGUGGGGCGGGUCCUACCUUAUGGAGAACCUAACACAAGAGCUGGUCGAUUCCGCGAUGGAGAUUAUCCGAGAAGUCGAAGACUUGGGGGGCAUGGCCAAGGCGAUUGAGUCGGGGAUGGCGAAGCUUCGCAUCGAAGAAAGCGCGACGAAAAAGCAAGCGCGCAUUGAUUCUCGUGAAGAAGUGAUUGUCGGUGUCAACAAGUACCGUCUGCAAAACGAAGACCGUGUCGACGUGCUCUCGAUCGACAACACCAAGGUCCGCGAGCAGCAGAUCAACCGCAUCAACGAAACCAAGAAAAAUCGGGAUGACGCCGCUGUUCAGGAAUGCCUGCGCCGCCUGGUUCAUUCCGCAAAGUUGACCGAAUCCACUGGGCCAGGCAAGCAUGAGUACAACUUGCUCAAGUUAGCCGUUGCCGCCGCUCGCGCUCGUUGCACGGUUGGCGAGAUAUCCGACGCACUCGAGUCUGUGUGGGGUCGCCACGUUCCCAAGAGCUCGGUCGUGUCUGGCGCGUACCGCGACACGUUUUUGGGCACGGAGGCUGAAGGCGAGUACAACUCGGUGCUGGCCGAGGUCGAGCAGUUUGCCGAGAAGCAAGGUCGUCGCCCGCGUCUGCUUGUCGCCAAGAUGGGGCAGGAUGGUCACGAUCGAGGGGCCAAGGUGAUUGCGUCGGGGUUCUCGGACUUGGGCUUUGACGUGGAUGUCGGUCCGUUGUUCUCGACGCCAGAAGAAGUCGCACGGCAGGCUGUCGAUUCGGAUGUCCAUUGCGUCGGUGUGAGCUCGCAGGCGGCCGGGCACAACACGUUGGUGCCUGCCCUCAUGAAGGCGCUGAAGGAUCAAGGCGCCGAACACAUUUUGGUCAUUUGCGGUGGCGUGAUUCCCCCCAAGGACUACGACUUCCUAUACGAGCAAGGUGUGGGUGCAAUCUUUGGCCCUGGCACACGGCUGCCGGCUGCAGCCCACGAAACCCUCAAGGCCAUUUACAAGAAGAUCGAGCAGAACGAAGAGUCCAACAGUGUGUAGCGGGGCUCAGAGGUACACCCAGGACAACAGCGUUUUCGUGCAUGGGAUGAAUAUGUCAGUGACCGUUGGGGUGUUUGUGGAAUCGUCGCGAGUUUCGUC